CCAGCCAGCAGCCAGAGAGCUGCUACCUCACUGUACCUCACUGCUGUUCCCAUCUAACAUCAGGCUCCGGAAAGGAAGAGUCCUCUUCUCCCCUCCUCCAAGGCUUGUGGCCGAGCCUGCGCGCGGCGCCACCAUGCGGCAGAAGGCGGUGUCGCUCUUCCUGUGCUACCUGCUACUCUUCGCCUGCGGCGGGGUGGAGGCAGGCAAAAGAAAAAAAGACAAGGAAGAUGGCUCGGAAGGCAGAGGCUCCGGGUUCCUGAGAGCGCUGACCUACACGGCCGUCGGAGGAGGGCUCCUGGCCGCCGUGCUGCCCGCGCUGGGCUUCACGAGCACCGGCGUCGCCGCCAACUCGGUGGCCGCCUCGUUGAUGAGCUGGUCCGCGGUGGCGAACGCGGGCGGGGUGCCCGCCGGGGGGCUGGUGGCCACGCUGCAGAGCCUCGGGACUGGUGGUGGCAGUGCCCUCAUGGGCAAGAUUGGUGCCUUUCUGGGCUAUGUCGUCCACAAACAAUUGGAAAAGAGCGAGGAGGAUGAGGAGUAGCCAGUGCCUACCAGGAACCCAAUCCCUCUUCCUGUCGUAGCCCAGAGCUUUCUCUGUCACACUCAGCAGUGACCUGCGUAAAAGCACAGAAUAAAAUUCUAUCAGAAAA